UUAUUAUAAUUUAUAAACAACAUUUUUUUUUUCAAAAAAAAAACAUUGAAUUGUGGUGAUGGAGUGCGUGUACGAGAACGGUCACCGGGAGGAGAACGGGGUGUGCAUGGGGGGCGACCCGUUGAACUGGGGGGCGGCGGCCGAGGCGCUGAAGGGGAGCCACUUGGAGGAGGUGAGGCGCAUGGUGGCGGAGUACCGGAACCCGGCGGUGGAGCUGCGCGGGAAGACGCUCACCGUGGCUCAGGUGGCCGCCAUUGCCGCCAGCGGCAGCGGGGUGAAGGUGGAGCUGUCGGAGGCGGCACGGGCGGGGGUCAAGGCCAGCAGCGACUGGGUCAUGGACAGCAUGAGCAAGGGCACCGACAGCUACGGCGUCACCACCGGCUUCGGCGCCACCUCCCACCGGAGAACCAAGCAAGGCCAUGCUCUUCAGCAGGAGCUCAUUAGGUUCUUGAAUGCCGGAAUAUUCGGCGGCGGCGGCGGCAAUGGAGUUGCGGGAAGCCACACGCUGCCCCACUCGGCAACUCGGGCAGCCAUGACUGUGAGGAUCAACACCCUCCUCCAGGGAUACUCCGGCAUCAGGUUUGAGAUUCUGGAAACAAUCACCAAACUGCUCAACCACAACGUCACCCCCUGCCUCCCUCUCCGCGGCACGAUCACCGCCUCCGGCGACCUCGUUCCCCUGUCCUACAUUGCCGGUUUACUCACCGGGAGGCCGAACGCCAAGGCGGUGGGACCCACAGGGCAGACACUGAACGCCGAGGAGGCGUUCCGCUUGGCCGGGAUCUCCGGCGGGUUCUUCGAGCUGCAGCCCAAGGAAGGCCUGGCGCUUGUGAACGGCACUGCGGUCGGGUCUGGUCUGGCGUCCAUGGUUCUCUUCGACGCCAAUCUGCUUGCCCUUCUGUCUGAGGUUUUGUCUGCCGUUUUCGCGGAAGUGAUGAAUGGGAAGCCGGAGUUUACUGACCAUCUGACGCACAAGCUGAAGCAUCACCCGGGCCAGAUUGAGGCCGCGGCGAUCAUGGAGCACAUUCUGGAUGGGAGCUAUUACAUGAAAGCGGCGCAGAAACUGCACGAGACCGACCCGUUGCAGAAACCGAAACAGGACCGGUACGCUCUGAGAACAUCGCCCCAGUGGCUUGGCCCACAGAUUGAAGUCAUAAGGGCGGCAACCAAGAUGAUUGAGAGGGAGAUCAACUCCGUGAAUGACAACCCGUUGAUCGACGUCUCGAGGAACAAGGCAUUGCACGGCGGGAACUUCCAAGGCACGCCGAUCGGCGUGUCAAUGGACAACACCAGACUAGCCCUUGCCUCCAUUGGGAAGCUACUGUUCGCCCAGUUCUCUGAGCUGGUCAACGACUACUACAACAAUGGGUUGCCGUCUAACCUCACCGCGGGUAGGAACCCGAGUCUUGAUUAUGGGUUCAAGGGCGCAGAGAUUGCAAUGGCUUCAUACUGCUCUGAGCUUCAGUUCUUGGCCAAUCCGGUCACGAACCACGUCCAGAGCGCAGAGCAGCACAACCAAGAUGUCAACUCUUUGGGUUUGAUCUCAGCAAGGAAGACGGCCGAAGCUGUGGAAGUGCUGAAACUCAUGUCCUCCACGUAUCUGGUGGCGAUCUGCCAGGCUGUUGAUCUGAGGCACUUGGAGGAGAACCUGAAGAAUGGCGUGAAGAACACGGUCAGCCAAGUGGCAAAGAGGACUCUCACCACCGGCGUCAAUGGGGAACUCCACCCUUCCAGAUUCUGUGAGAAGGACCUGCUCAGGGUGGUCGACCGCGAGUACAUUUUCGCGUACGCCGAUGACCCGUGCAGCGCUAACUACUCACUGAUGCAGAAACUGAGGCAAGUCCUGGUGGACCACGCCUUGCAGAACGGGGAAACUGAGAAGAACUUGACCACAUCUAUCUUCCACAAGAUUGCAGCUUUUGAAGAGGAGUUGAAGGCAGUUCUGCCCAAGGAAGUAGAGGGUGCCCGAGCUGCCCUUGAGAGCGGCAACCCAGCCAUUCCUAACAGAAUCAAGGAGUGCCGGUCCUACCCACUGUACAAAUUCGUCCGCGAAGAGCUUGGAACUGAGGUGUUGACCGGAGAGAAGGUGAAGUCGCCUGGCGAGGUGUGUGAAAAGGUGUUCGCCGCAAUGUGUGACGGAGGGAUAAUUGAUCCUUUGUUGGAAUGCCUCAAGAGCUGGAAUGGUGCUCCUCUUCCCAUCUCUUAAUUGUGUCUGUUUGCCAUUUUUUUCUUCUUCUUCAAGAUUCAUAUUUGUAACCCUUAUGUGGGACAGUUC